AGACGUGGUCUGCCAAUCCAUGAAUUCACCAUGGUAAACGCACUGAUUCUCUUGGUGGGGAGUCCGCGGCUGAUAGCUGCCAUCCUGGCUACAGGGAUCGGAGGGACAUUCCAAUAUGGCUUUCAUAUAUCUGUUCUUAACUCCCCAUCUUUGUUCAUUAAGGAGCUGGUUAACCGGACCUGCAUACAGCGGUAUGACCUUUUCCUGGAGCCCUGGGGCAUUACCCUCAUCUGGUCCUUCAUCGUUUCCAUCUUCUGCAUUGGAGGCCUGGUAGGGGCACUGUGUGCGGGACAACUGGUCCUUAUUUGUGGAAGAAAGAGGUGCCUCUUGAUGAACAACAUAGUGGCCAUCGCCAGUGCGGUGAUGAUGCUGACGAGCGAAAGGGCAAUGUCUUUUGAAAUGAUUAUUGCUGGCAGAUUCCUGUAUGGAAUUAAUGCAGGCGUGAGUCUCACCGCUCACACCAUUUACAUAACGGAGUGCUCCCCCCGGAGGCUGCGCGGGAUGGUGGGCGUGACCGUCUCCAGCUUCGUUUCCAUGGGGAAGUUCUUCGGUCAGCUCUUGGGAUUGAGGGAGCUGUUGGGGACGAAGGAAAGGUGGCCUUGGCUCCUGGCCUUCAGUGGACUGACUGCUGCCAUCCAGCUCCUCGCCCUCCCCUUCUUCCCAGAGUCCCCCCGUUAUCUCCUCCUGGACAAGGGGGACCGGCAGGGGUGUGAGAGAGCCAUGCAGUGGCUGUGGGGGAGCAGAAGCUACGACUCGGAGAUCGAGGACAUGCUGAAGGAGAACGUGGCUCUUCGGGGCGGGCGCUCCCUCAGCGUGAUGGAGUUGGUCUUCAGGCGGGCCGAGCGCUGGCAGCUCCUCACCCUCCUCGCCACCUUUGUCACCUUGCAGCUCUGCGGCAUCAAUGCAGUGUAUCUCUAUUCUCUGGAAGUGUUUGUCGCUGCAGGGAUACGUCCAGACCAGGUGCACUAUGCUGCUUUGGGAACCGGCCUUUGUGAGGUCACAACUUCCUUGGCAUGUUUUGCUGUGAUCGAGAACACAGGGAAGAGGAUUCUGUUCUUCAGAGGUUACAUGGCCAUGUCCACCAUCUUAGUGCUUCUCACGGUGACCCUCAACCUGCAGGGACAGGUCACUUGGAUGCCAUACUGCAGCAUGGUGCUGGUCUUCACCUUCAUCUUCUUCUUUUCAAGUGGACCAGCUGGAAUAACGGCCUCCUUACCCGGGGAAAUCUUCAUGCAGUCGUCCAAAGCAGCCGCGUUCACCAUUGCCUGCUGCAUCAACUGGACAGGCCUGUUUCUCAUUGGGAUGCUCUUUCCCCUGGUGGUGGAUGGAAUGGGCCCCUACAGUUUCCUCAUCUUCCUCGGCUUCUGUUCCUUCACCGGAGUGUUUGUGUGGCUGAACGUUCCGGAGACGAAGAACAGAACGCCGCUGGAGAUCACAGAGGAGUUUGAGAGAAUGCACACCAAAGGUCCGAAGCAUGAGUUUGGUAAACAAGGGCAUGAGAUGAUUCGGACAGUCCUCGCAACAAAACUCUGAGCCUAGACAAAAGUGGAGCCCUCUCAUUUCAUAUAUGUGCUUUUUUGUUCUCUGUACAAAAAAUAAUAAUAAAUCCACACGUUGCCGUGUGGAGAUGUACGUUUACGUGCCGUCAAUUAGAGUGUGACUGCAACUGUGGUCCCGGAGUCUAGGAGAUAUUACAGGUCCAUCAAGCCUAUAAUUGCAUUUGCCAUAAUUCUGUAAUUAUAUUAAUCACAAGCCUUAAUGAACACAGGUGACCAUGUACUCGAGGUACACUGCAGUUUACCUUUCAGACUCUGAAUGCUCAGGCUCAGGCUCUUAAUAAUCCAUUCAAACUCUCGCGAUCAAGUUUGGAUGGAAAAAAAAAACUCCCCACAACACUACUGAUAAUGAAAGCUAGGGGCCUAUCCUGAGCUGUUAGAAAGUUGUGUUAUUUUAUCAGUGCAAUCAUUUUGUUACGUUGAUGACUUAAGUGUUUUGUUAAUUGACUCGAUAUUGAUUACAUUAUUUUUAAUUCCUGUUAAUAUAAAAAUGCCCUAUUUGAGAUGAUUUCUGGGUCUAUAAUUAGGGUUAGGCUUGAUGUUAGGAAAAAGGUAUGUCUUAGGACUGAGUCAAGAUCAGGGUUGUGUUCAUGAGAUUGGGAAAAGGUAAGAACAAGGGUUACUCUUUGAUUUUGGAUGAGAUGUAACACUAUAGCCAUAUGUAUUUGCAUA